GUGCAGGAAAGUACUGAAGUGCGGUGCUCGAGUACCGUAUGAUACAAGUGCGGGUAAGUUGCCCGAAAAUUAGAACCAGGGAACUAACUCCUAUCAUACUAAAAAAAUUCCGAGCCCAUUCGAGUGCCGGGGCAAAACAGCGAUACUUGUAUAAACCCCCUGUUGUUAGGUACUCCUUUCACCUUUUUUUUAUAAAACUUUCGCCUGGGACAGGUCCAGGCAUCCAUGUCCGCCUGUCUGUGCUAUAGGCUACCCGUGGAUCUUUUUUGCACUGCAAGUUUCUUCCGGUGUCUUGCAUUCCGUCUGGCAGAUAAGACAAGACGAUACGGCAGGCAAGACAAAAACACGACAAUGUGUCAGCCGCGGAACCACCCUUCUCGCAGUAUUCUGAGGAACGGGUAAUGCCAGCCGCACCCACCAUUCAUCAAUCCUCAGUCAAUUCCCAAUCCAAUCCAAAUCUCACAACCAAUGGUUCGAAAACCACCACCGCUCACCGCUGACCUAGUGAAAAAGAAAAGAAACCAGAACCCCCCCGCUAAGUCUAAGUUACGCCAUGCCUGUCACCCAUAGCUUGGCGCGAUGAAGAUGGAGGAAGAAAAAAAAAGAGGAAGGAAAAACGAAAAAAGCCGAGUUCCCACCUUUUCCCUUCUUCUACCCUCUACCCCCCCCCAUCUACUUAACCUUCCAAUCCCGACAAUUCUAGUACUGUGGCAUACACACUCCCCAACUAUAAGCAGCUCACCCCUCUCCUUAAUCCGGCAUCAAGCAGCAAGCAGCAGGCAGCACAAACAAGCUACGACGAAAUGCCAUCGCCCACGUCAACGCCUAUCACGAUUCUCACAGGAUUCCUUGGGUCCGGGAAAACAACAUUGUUGCUGAAGCUCCUGCCGCAGCUACCGGCGAACUAUGGACUCGCGUUAUUGAAGAAUGAGUUUGGCGAUGUGGCGGUUGACAGUCGGUUAGCUUCUCAGGGGUCUAUUUCCGGGGUCAAGGAGUUGCUUAACGGAUGGUUUGUUAUUCAUUGCCCCCCGUCUCCCAAACUGAACACAUCCGAAAGGCAGCCAUUGACUUGUGAGCGGGGAGUUGUAGUAUUUGUUGUAAUCUCGUCGGGCAAUUGGGAAGUGCACUUAUGACAUUAAAAACCGAUUACAGGCCGAAUAGGAUUGUCAUAGAGACUUCUGGGAGCGCUUUUCCCGCUACACUCGCUAUGGUUCGUUUCUGUUGCCACCUCCUGAAUUCACUGUCCGUGCUAAUGGUGAGAAGGAAGUAAACCGUGUCAUCUCCGAAUACCCGAACUCCUUCGUCCUGGACGGCGUAAUCCUGGUAAUCGACGUGGAGAACUGGGCCGGUUACGCUGACACCUCGUACACCGCAAAGCUACAGGCCCGAUACACAGACCUAAUAAUCCUAAACAAGUGGGAGAGUGUGACGGAACGACGGGAAGACGAUGUGCUAGAUAGAAUCCGGGACGUGAACGAGGACACGCCGGUCGUGAAGAGCGACAAAGGAUGGGUAUCCAAGAACGUAAUAUUUGGCGUUGACAGUGGUCUAGCGAGAGAAUUGUCCGCAGCAACAAUGGCACGGGGCCACGAACACGAUGAAGGGGGUGGGGAGGAACAUACCCAAGAAGUCGACGUUAUAUCCGUAACACUACCGUACCGAGUCGAGGCCGGCGGGAAAUGGAUUGAUCUGGAGGCGCUCGAUCGGUUCCUAACGUCUGCACCAAAGGAUGAAGUCUACAGGAUAAAGGGAUCCAUAUUCUCACAGACAAAACCGAAAUCCGAUCCACCGCUGACUAAAGACGCGCAUCGGUUCAUCCUAAACUGGGCAUUCGGCCGAUGGACCUUCACAGCCCUCCCAAAGUCUAGUGUGUCUACGGUAAUCGAAGCACCAUCUCUACGUCCUACCUCCUCCUCAUCCGCGAAUUCCACAGCGCCGCCAAGCCCCUCGGAGGAGAACCAACGAAUCGAAGUGAUCGUCCAAACAAGCAUAAAAACUACAAUAGAGCAACGAGACCAGAACGACGUUGGUCAAGAAUGGGAUGGCGAACCAGUGGGCAGGUUCGUAGUCAUCACGGCCCGCGGCGAGGGUGAACGGUGGCGGAAGCGGAUCGAGAAGGAAUCCUGGAUCAAGUUUGACUCGGAGGUUUCGGAAACCGGGCUCGAGGUUGUCCAGAUUACGUAACUUAUCCGGCUACUAACGACGUGGGGCAAGAAUGCAUGCCAAGAUGGGAAAGUGGAAGGGGGGUGGUGGCGUUGGGGCUUCUUUGGGAUUUUAUGGUAUAUACUUUUUUUUCGAAACGGGCUUAGAAUGUAUGGACGGCACAGAAGGAGGACUGAACGGUUGCUGGAGGUGGGUGGGGAGUGGGAGGGAACAGGAGCCGUAAUGAAGAAAACCCGGGGACUGUUACAGAGCGCCAUAGCGGUUAAGUGUUAUCACGGGAAUAGAAAUGAAAGUGGGAAAUUACCCCUCUCG